CAUACACAGACAAUCUCAAUCUAUAAACAGACACCACAGACCCGACAAGCCAAGAAGACAGUUAACAGUUCCACACAAAAAUGCUUUCGAAAACAAAAACCUGGAGCCGUACGCUGCUGGUUCCGGCCAGAAACCAUGGGUCGGCGAUUCUACCGCCAGCAGAGCGGCCGGAACCCAUUCCGGAGCUGUGCGAGGAGAAGCCAGUGAUGGGAUGGCUGCUCGGCUGGGAGUACGGGAGGAAGUGGCUGGAGAGGCGUGAAGAAAUCCAGAAGCACCGGAACAUGAUCAGCAAGUUCGGGAGGAUUCCACCGGACUUCGGCUGGUGGCUCAACCAGCGUAGACCGCUCUUAGUGCGCCAGCAGCGGUACCGGACCAAGGCCGGACCUCGUCCCCGGAAGCAGGUUACCGCCUUCUUGGUGGCCCAAAAGAGGCGCGAGGCCCAGAACAAAAAGCUCCUGGAGAGUCGGCUUAGAAAUCAGUAGAAGGGUUCAAGUAUCCAUUUCGUUGAUGAUGUUUUUGCUGAUAAAGGACCGAACUUGGAACAGACUGGUAAUGUGUCAAUAAAACCGGUUAGCCUGCUUUCA